AAUAAAAAAAUUUAAAAAAAAAAUAAUAUAACAAAAUUAUAACGAAAUAAUCGUGUCUUGUGUUUUAGUUUACCUGCAACAGAACAGCAACGAUGACAAGACUAUUAAUUGUUGGAUUUUUGAUAUUUAUUUACGGGAAUAAUGUUCGAUGCCAUGAUCAGACAACAAUUGAGGCAUAUGUGGGACAAACAGUGGUCUUGCCAUGUCAAUAUAUUGGCAAUCAUCAUCGCUUCAUGAUUUGGCAAUUUCCUGACGAUCUCAAAAUUAUUGGACCUCAAAAUUCAUUCGACCAAAAAAAAUACAAUUACAAAGUUUUAUCCGGUGAACUCUUUAUCAAGAACGUUACUGUUGAGGAUGCUGGUGACUACAAAUGCCUCACUCAAGGCAUUGCAAAUAGAGCUGCGAUAAAAAUUAAUUUGGCAAAAUUGAUAGUUCAUGAAAAUCAUGCGAAAAAAUAAAUCAAUUACAACUAUUACCAAGUUUAAUUUUAAAAAAAUAUAGAAUUUAAUAAUUUUUUAAAAUUAAUUGAUU